UCUUGAUUAAUGUCUGAUAUUUUAGUUUUUGCUUUAUGUGUUUUAUUCUGCAUCGCUUAUGUACUAGCUAAAAUUGCACAUGCUAAAACAGUAAAACGACUCAGUUUUGUAUUCCUUGAUUUUUCCAAAUUCAACAAUGAAUUGUGAUAUCAAUUUUAUUUGUUUGUUGGAGCUACUUCUCCAUUAAUGCCUAUUGCCUAACUUGCUUCCAGCUCAGAAUCUUGGAUACACAUAUUUCAUUUUGUUUAAGAAAUUCUGCAUGAAUACAAUGUUUUAGGCUUUCAACCGAAAGAACAAAAUUAAUUUGCACAAUAACCCUUGGCUACAUUUGAAAGUCUGUCAAGACCUAAAUUAGCAUAAACCAUUAACUUACAGUAGAUGAGGUAGAUAUCUAGUUUUAAUAAUCUCGAUCCCCCUUUCCUUUCCCUGCCACCUGACUCUACCUUCGCCGUCUGCUGCCCCCCCCCCCCCUACUCUCUACCUCUGAUUACCUCCAUUCCUUGAACCCCUACAGAACCGUCUAAUUGAAAUAUGUUUCUUAUUUGCUCCCAAGACACUUCAACAUUGGUAUGGACACCUAGGCACGUUGUUCAGAGCCAAGCCUGUUUAACAUAGGAAUACUCUCUCAUGUUUGACAACAUUAUUUUUACAAAAAAGAAUAAAUUUAUUGAAAUGUUGUGGAGUAAUAAACAUCCUGUAAAACCCCUGACUAUAUCUCAACAUUUUGCUCACUUUUUGGCGAGUGUGUACAUUAAUUUAUGGCUAUCACAAAGUUUGAAUGUCAACUGAUUUGAUUAGUGUUGUGAAAAUGCAUCUUAAACAUGAAAAGUUGAGCAUGGUUUUGUAUUGUGUGGAUGAAGGAUGUGAUAUAGUCAUUGAACUUAAGGAUAUUGCUACUGGAAUGGAGGCAGCAGUACUGGGGCGUUGGUAGGUUAGAAUGCUUUGUAGAUAAGAUUUUUUUACCCCUCUUGUUAAGGUCACAAAAGCUUUCAUUUUACAGCUAAAAUAUACUACCUCCGUUACAUAUUAUUUGCAAUGAUUAGACAUUUUCCCUCUUUACUUUAUGUCAAAUCGUUGCAAAUAAUAUGUAACGGAGGUAGUAAUAAGAAGUCAGCAUUUUGUUUUUAAAAAAAAAUUCCUUAAUUGGAAGUAUAAAAAUAGGAUCAGUAAAAUUUCACUCUUGUAUUUUUUGGUUUAGAGAGGGAAAUUGGUGUUAAUGUUUAGAAUUCAUGUUCGUGUUAAAUAAAUGAGGUGAUUUACAUUUGUUUACUUUGCAAGCAGUAUGGAAGUUUUCGUUUUGUUUACUGAUCAUUGUUGAAACUAUUAAGCAUCUUAAAGUAUGAAUUUGCUUUUGGAAUUCUGUUGUACUUUGUAUUUUUUAUGGUUAAAUAUCUGAACUUACAAUAGUCUCUCAGUGGAUGAAAUCAGUAUUGUUUAACGAAAAUUUAGUGUCUCCUGAAUUACUUUGAAACUUGUCAUCAAUUUUUUUGCCUGUAUGUACAUAUUGAAGUGUUCAGUGUCAUUAAGAUAGUACAUAUUGAAGUGUUACUGUGGAUCCAGUCUUGUUAUAAUGAUUUUAUUUGGAUAUCAUCACGUGGAAAAUAAAAAGGUUUUUAAGGGCUCAAGUGAUUACUUUUGCCUGUUAAAUUUCAAAAUUUAUGCCCAAAUUUUGCCUGGGGAAGUGCCAUUAGAGAAUGUGCGGUGUCUGACAUCAAUCUUACAAAGAUACAGCUAUACAAAUCUUUUAUGAAUUUGGAUUCAUAAGGAAAAUAGAGAAUACUGCGAGAUACUCUGCAGGCCUUUUAAGUACAAACUAUAUGGGAAAUAGCGUGUGAAAGGUCAGCAGCCCAUGAAGCAGAUCCCAAAAUACCGAGCCAACUGAUUUUGGUAACUUCUGUUUUUGAGGGUGCACUAAUCGUGGGUUGCUCAAUUAUUGAUCAGGAUUCGUUCGGACAAAUCUGUGUCAAUUGUUGAGUUGUAAUGGGGUUCAAGAUACAUUAAGAAGAAAACUGUUUUGUUUAAAAGUGUCAGCCCCUGUACUCAACGAUUUCUUUGGCGCAGGAAUGUAUUGGCAUAUUCUUAUCUCCCUUGGCUGAUGGAAGGGCCAUUCCCUCUAUUUCCAGCUUAUGUCACAUUUUCCUCUUCUUCUUCAAAGAAGAGCCUGUCUGAUCCAUCCACGAUGACACUACCAUCCUGCACUUGCAUGAGACACCACCAUUGCCUCCCAUUUCUUGUGACAUUUGUCCAACCUCUAAUUUUGGACAUAUUUCAUAGCACUUACCUUGCCGACCUCGCAGCGGAGGCAGCAGCAUACGUGGAGAUGUCCCUUCUAUCACUGUCAUUCCAUGAACUUUUGGAAUUUGUCCUUGACAUCAUUUAGUCGAUCUCAGAAGGAUUUGCAUUUGUUUACAUGGACGAUGACAGAGAUGCUGAGUAUGCAAUUCGAGCCCUUGAUAGAUCUGAAUUUGGUAGAAAAGGGCGGAGGCUUCGUGUUGAAUGGACAAAGCAUGAACGAGGUGGCAGAAAACCAGUCAGUACAAGAAGAUCUGCCAAUCUAAGGCCUUCUAAGACCUUAUUUGUUAUUAAUUUCCCUUAUGAUACAAAGACAAGGGACUUGGAAAGGCAUUUUGAUCCAUAUGGGAAGAUUGUUAAUGUGAGGAUCCGAAGAAAUUUUGCAUUUGUACAGUAUGAAUCCCAGGAUGAUGCUACUAAAGCUCUGGAUGCAACAAACUUAAGCAAGCUAAUGGAUCGAGUCAUAUCAGUUGAGUAUGCUGCUCGUGAUGAUGACGAAAGAAGAGGUGGCAGUAGCCCAGAUAGGAGAGGCCGUGACAGAUCACCUAGUAGGAGGAGGAGGUCACCAAGUCCUUACAAAAGAGAGAGAGGAAGUCCAGAUUACGGAACUGGCUCCAGCCCUGCUGCCUAUAGGAGAGAGCGUGGCAGUCCUGAGUAUGGGAAUGGCUCUAGUCGUAGUCCUCGGCGAGUACAGAGGAGUCCUGAAUAUGGGAAUCGUUUAAGCCGCAGUCCUCGUCGGGUACAGCGAAGCCCAGAAUAUGGAAAUGGUAUGAACCGUAGUCCUCGCCAGGCAUCAAGGAGUAGCCCACAUUAUAGUCGUGCACGUAGUUCCAGCCCACGUCCUGAAGAGAAGCUUUCUGAUUUUCGUGAGCGUAGUCGAAGUCCUCGUGGAGAGAAAAAUGGUCAUGGUCAUGGUCAUGGUCGUCCCCUUAGCUCAAGCCCUUAUCCUGAGGAAGGGGCCAUCUCUGAUGAUGCUCAAGAACCCAGGAGUCCGAUUAACAAGCCUUUCUUGAGAGAGAGCCCUACCGGUGAAUAUGGAAGCCCAGUGGAUGACAGAUAUAGAAGUCCCUCGCCUCUAGCACGUGAAAGAUCGCAAUCUUGAUCCUGCUUUGCUUCAAUCUUGUUCCAGUUUGGCUGCUUUCCAGUUCUAAAAGGCGGAAGCUGUGACAUGCUCUCUUAGAUUUAUGUAAGAAUAUUAGUAAUGGCUAAAUCAUUCGUAGUUAGUCCAGCUCUGUAUUACAGUAGUACCUGAUUCUCACCAAUUUUCGAUGACUUAAAUUUAAAUUUGUUUAAAAUUCUAAAAAAAAAACCGUGACUUGCACCCUUCAGGUCUGUGCUCUGUGUAUCUUGUGUAUGACCUUUGCGUGCAUGGUUUUCCUCAGUCAGGAACUCAGCUUUAUGUUAUACUCCGUAACAACGUUACCAAGUAUGCUUUGGUUUAUUUU